CGUUCACACUCACGUCCACGCACAUACUUCGUCACUCACUAAUGAAGAAAACGCUCGAUUUCAAGCCUGUGGAAUUAACGAGUACUACUUUAAUACUGCAGGCACCUAUCUCGAUCGCCUAUAUAUGGUGCGAUAAAAUAUGAAACUCCACGUUAUGUCGCCAGCUUCGUUUUCGAAAGAAACAGUAACGAGUCAAGAAAUCUGUGCAGACAGCCGUAAUUCGAGACUAUCAUUUACCCGUGUCACACGGGCGUGUCACACAGGUACAAUAUCGACAACUGAAGCUUAGCAAUGCAGAACUCGGGAAACGAGAAGAAAGCGAGACCCAGAGAUGGUCCCAUACUAGAGACGUCUGCACACAGGCGCAUUCUUCUCCAUGAUUUCCCUAGUGUCCCUAGCACUUUCUUAAUGUGUAAACAACGUUGGCGCCAAUCACGCCGGCAACGCCUUCUCUUGCAUUUUCUUUUGUCUGUCAUUCUCGUUUCAUCCUGGGAGCUACUACCUGAAAACAGACACUGCACCAUGGCCACAUCAUCAGCUGCAGCUAUGUCGGGAGAUUUGACCACUGCAAUUGUUGCUUUUACCAUAGACCUGUACAAGCAACUUCUUUUAGAGAGUGACGGAACAAAGAACAUUGUCGUCUCCCCAUUCAGCAUCGCAGCUGCUCUGUCAAUGACUCUUGCUGGUGCCAAAGGUCACACAGCUGCUGAAAUCACCAAUGUCUUGCAUACAAAAGAUGACAUGAUCCACGCACAUUUCUCCGAUUUCUUUACCAAAGUUGCAACCUAUGCACCUGAUGUGACAUUGGAUGUUGCUAAUCGCAUGUACUCAGAAAAGACGUUCAAAGUUCUGGAAGACUACCUUGCCAUUCUGAACAAAUUUUACAACAGCACAGUGGUAUCCAUCGAUUUCAAGAAUGAUGCUGAAGCAGCCAGACUUGCAGUCAAUGCCUGGGUAGAAAAAACCACAAAAUCAAAGAUCAGGGACCUCCUUCCCAAUGGUGCUGUGGAUUCCGACACCAUGCUUGUGUUGGUCAAUGCCAUUUACUUCAAAGGUCUUUGGAAAGAGCAGUUCAACCCGAGAGUAACUUCCCUGCAGAAGUUUCACAUUUCAAAAGAAUCGGCUAAGGAGGUCCACAUGAUGUACAAGCAGUCACAUUUCAAUAUCAACACAGAAUGCACUGGCUUGAACGCCAAUGCAAUUGAGAUCCCGUACAAAGGUGGCAAGACGUCCAUGGUUAUUCUUCUGCCGUACGAAGUUGACGGCCUUCCAAAGCUGGAGGCGGCACUUACGCCGUCAAAACUGUUGGAUGUCUUGAAAGGGUUUGACUCGACAAUUGUUGACCUUAGUCUUCCACGAUUCAGGAUCGACUACAGUUUAGACCUAAAGAAGACACUUCACGCCAUGGGCAUAAGAGACUUGUUCACGGACAACAAGGCAGAUCUCUUGGGAAUAGAUGGAAAAAAGGACCUCGUGAUCUCGGCAGCAAUUCACAAAGCCUUUGUGGAGGUUAACGAGGAAGGAACAGAAGCAGCGGCUGCUACAGGAAUGGUGGCAAUGGCAAGGUGUGCCAUCAUUGGCAUUCCAUUCUCAGUUGACCACCCGUUCAUGUAUUUCAUUCGAAGCCACGACCCGGAUGUUAUUCUUUUUGCAGGCUCAGUACGUGAUCUGAUACAGCCAAGAAUAGGGGCCCUUUCCAAUAUCAUAGCAUCGGCCAUGUCUGCAGACCUGACUGUGGCGCUUUCUGCGUUCUCUGUUGACCUCUACAAGCAGGUACUUGCUAGGAGUGGCGGAACGAAAAAUGUAGUCGUCUCCCCGUUCAGCAUUACAGCCGCAUUGUCAAUGACACUUGCAGGAGCCAGACAACGCACAGCUGACGAAAUCGCAAAUGUCCUGCAUACAAAAAACAACUUGAUCCACUCGCAGUUCUCCGAAUUCUUUGCCAGAGUUUCAACCUAUUCAACAGAUGUCGUUCUAGAGGUGGCAAAUCGCUUGUAUGCAGAAAGAACUUACGACAUUCUCGAAGAGUAUCUUGACACAUUGAAAAAGUUUUAUAAUAGCGCUGUGGUGCCGGUGGAUUUCAAAAACGAAGCUGAAGCAGCAAGGCUUGUCAUCAAUUCUUGGGUAAAAGAAGCUACAAAAUCAAAGAUUGUUGACUUUCUUCCCUCUGGUGCACUGGAUUCUGACUGUGUACUUGUCUUGGUGAAUGCCAUUUACUUUAAAGGUCUGUGGGAAAAGCAGUUCAACUCGCAAGCAACAGCUCUUAAGAAAUUUCACAUCUCCAAAGAAGCAACAAAAGAAGUUCACAUGAUGUACAAGCAGGCAGAGUUCAAGGUCAACAUGGAAUGUAGCGAUUUGAAUGCCGCUGCCAUUGAAAUACCAUACAAAGGUGGCAAGACAUCCAUGAUGAUACUUCUUCCACAUGAAGUGGAUGGCCUUACACAGCUCGAGGCAGCACUAACCUCAUCGAAGCUGUCAGACAUUGUUACGGGGUUUGACAGAACUGUCGUUGAACUCAGUCUUCCACGAUUUAAGAUUGAACUGGAUGUGGAUCUCAAGAGUCUGCUUCAAUCAAUGGGUGUACAAGACUUGUUCUCUCGCAAAGCCGACUUAUCUGGAAUAGGUGGGCAGGAAGACCUCGUAGUCUCCGCUGCACUCCAUAAGGCCUUUGUGGAGGUCAAUGAGGAAGGCACAGAGGCAGCUGCAGCAACAGGGAUGAUGGUGAAGAAACCAAAAUGUGCUUUUAUUGGUACGCUUAGUUUCACCGUCGACCACCCAUUCAUGUUCAUCAUUAAGAGUCACGACCCAGAUGCUAUUCUCUUCGUUGGCUCAGUGCGAGAUGUGCCUAAUGCAGCCUGACCUUGUAGGACCUUGACCUUUAACACUAAGUAUUUUAAAAAAAGCGCUCCUUAUGCACAGUAACUGCAAUGCAACAAGGGCAAAAUACAUUUGUUCAAUUAUAGCUAAUACUAGUGCAAUAUUAAUACCCUGCUCUCAUGUGCAUUCGCACUGAUACACAUUGUCUACAGGAAGACAGGUUUCGGUAGUGGGCAUUGAUGUAACAUCAGCUUUGCCAUGUGCAUUACAUUUUCUAAUGCUGAAUGGUUUCCCAUUGGCUAAAUGAAAAACAUUUCUUGUUGGCCAUGCUAGUUAAAGCAAAGGCCUGCUUGGUCUUCAUCCAGAUGCUAGCAUGUAUACAGGCAGUGCCAAAAGUUUACAGGAUGAGAGACAUGAGAAUGAACAGGGUAUUUUCCUGAAUUUGGCAGGCAGCCUGAAUUUAAAGUGUGCUACAUGUACUAGUGUACGCAUAGUGUUUUACUGUUUCAAUGGCUGCAAGCUAAAACUGGGUUGAUAUUCUACUUUCUCACAGAACCCACGUCUCACAACAUGUUGAUCCUGCUGGUACAUUUAAGAUAAACAAAUGCACUGGUAAUGAAUCGGCACAAUUUGUAACUAUUCUGGACAUCAUCUGCUGCAGUUUCAGAGGUUUGUCAUCAGUGCUGUUGUUUGGUGUGAAGUCGGCAGACACAUACAAGUUGCAUGCGGUGGAUCAAGAUGUACGGCUUGGCAUUGAAAGUUUAAGGUGCAUGGGUCAAGUGCAAAUUUUGGAACUUCUGGGAACUCUAUGCCAGCAAAACUGUACAGCAUUACAUUUUUUUGUGUUUACUGUGUUCAAUUUCAUACUUAGCAGGCAAUGCUGCAGAAGCUGUACAAGUAAUACAGUUGUAGAAGUCUCGCACUACACAUUUUACAGUGCAGUUGUUGAACUGUGAUUUCUUUCGGCUGGAUAAUUACUUCAUAUAAUAUAGAUACAACUUGUGGAGAUGAAGUUAUGUCCAAUCACAUGUUUUCACACCUUUGUGCUUCCAGUAGCCAUCUCCUAUGUUUUAGUCAGGUGCACAAUUGCUGUGAUGUGGCGAUUGGUUGCAUAAAUAUGUUGCUCCACUUGUUUGGUGGUAAAUAUGUUUUGCUCUGCAAUGCCUUUCAUGUAAUAAUUAUGCCUUUGUGACAUAAAAACAUGACACUUAAUUUUACAUAAAAAGACAUGAAAGGAAAAAAGAAAAGGAUAUUCACUGUCCCUCUGCUUCGAGUUGUUGAUUAAUUUGCCCUCGCUCUGCGAUCUGCUACCCUCCUGGUUAGCUCAAAUGGCAGCUACAGCAACCACCCCAGAGAUGCGUUGGUCCCAGGUUUAAUCCCCAAACUAGGACACAUUUGUCUUGAGCUUGCAAAGCUUUCUUUCUGAGAAAUCCAUAUGUAGCUUCAUGCUGCACUCGGGUGGAUGAGAAUUUUUCCCUUUCAUGAACCAUCCUUCCACCAUGCAGGAUUGCACAGAACUCUUUACACCAGAAUUACGUGAAGCAUGCAUAUCUUUCUUUUGUAUAUGUGACGCACUAUUUUUUUGGUUGCAAAUGCAAGCAGUGACAGAAGUCUGUCCAGCUAUUGUAGCAUUGCCUGCUGUGUAUGAAACAGUAUUGCACAGGCUGGAAAUAACAGGCUACAUGCCUAGGCUGCGGAAAUACAGUUAAACCUCGAUAUAAUGAAGUCAGUAAAAUUGGCAAUUUGCUUCGUUAUAUCGAAAUUUGGUUGUAUUGAAAUUCGACUUUUUAUGCAAAUAACUACAGUCGCCGAUCGAUUUUUCUAACACGAAAAGGCGUCGCAGAAUUAUCCGAAUUAUCGGGCAAUCGAGAAAACCAAAUUUGAAUAAGGAAACAAUUACUUUUGAUAAAUUUGGGAUUCGGCGACGGUUUCAUGCCACGUUGAUGAUAUCUUCACAUCGGCGGUGCGAAUUAAGGAAAGCCAGCCACACUUUCGCGUGCUUUCCGCCCCCGCGGCUGAUAGCGUCGCCCGCACUGGGACGACGCUAUCAUGAAAGCGCGGCCGGCAGCGGGGAGCGAAUGCUUUGUCUGCCUCUCGCUCUAACGAGUCACCGAAACUCGAGAUUACGCAACCUCCAAUACUAAACGCUCAGGAAGACAGCUUAAAGGAUGCGCUGUCUCGGCACUCCCACAAUUUGCACACGUGGCAGAUUACAUCUAAAGCAGGGUGCGCGGCUGCGUAUGCGCUCAGCCGCGCUUACAGCCAUGCGCAGCCACGGCCGUGACGUGCGCCAGUAAUCGAGACGUGCGCCAACUUACCCCCUACUCCGCCUUCUCUCGCGCGCUUGAUCGCAUUACCGCGAGCUCGCUCCCUUCCCCCUCUUUCCCUUUGCUCGCGCAGGAAGGCGGCACUCGUGAAGCCACCAUCUUUGUGUCACCCUCGCACAAUUUCACUCACACGGGGCACGCGCUGUGUGCUUACCCCACUUGGACUUUGUACGAAGCAUGAUGAGGCUCCACUUCGGCGGUCUCUCUUGUUGCGCCGCCGCGCAUGAUUUGAGAGGUGCGUUUGCAAGGAGCCGUUUCUAAUGCAAUCAUUUGACCAUCUGCAUCCGGGGAAGUAUCCAUUUAUUGUCCUGGCAUUCGAUUGCGGCGGCAGUGAAAUUUCGUUAUAUUGUAAUCGCAUACAAACACCCUUCAUUAUAUUGAGGUUCUAAAUACAUGGUAUUCUAUGGACUAUAGGUUAUUAAAAGUUCGUUAUAUCGAUAAUUUCGUCAUACUGAAGUUUGUUAUAUCGGGUUUAACUGUACAUUGAUUCUUUUUGACAGAUCCUGUAGUCCAUGAACUUGAUGCCAACUGGGCAGUCCAUCAUGCUUAUGAUGGCAUUGAAGUGUACUGAAAAUGUCAUUUUUGUAACCUGUACACAUUCUGGUAGAAGAAAACAAGGAAAUAAAUUGAAGCCUUCAUUUGCAGAGCACACAAGGUCGCUGUAGCAUUCCCUGCUUUACUGAAAAAUAUAGUGCAUUAGCCUUCCAUGCUUGAUGCACAGCCAAGCUGGUCUUCAUAUUUUGAAUCUAGAUUGUGAUCGUGGAUAGUCCGCUGAGAGAUACUGUAACGUUCGCGUCCCCGCCUGUAGCAGGAGGAUGGAAGCAGGCAGACAGCCGACACAGACUCUGGUGACCAACUGCUUUAUUCACGUUCAUGCACUCCGCAAACUACGCCGCUAGUCAACGAGAUGGGGUGGUGUCACCAUCUGUAGUUCUUGGCAAACACUGUGGUCAAACACAACAGAUACAUGAACAAACUCGGAGCUCUUCUAUAGAUGACACAACACUUAAAAACUGCCUGAGUGUUAUCCCUUUCACCACUGCAUAUAUUUACUCUCUCAAUGAUUGCUGUGUUGUAUAGAGAAGCUUGUCUUCAUGUGUUUGAGCAAUUGAUUAAUGUUCCUAAUAUGUUGUUCACUAAUAGGCAGUAGACAAGGUACAACGUCCAAUAAUGUGCAGCUCAGCAUAUAGUGCUUUGUUUUUACUUAUUUAUUUGAAAAACUUGCAGCACUGUGAAUGCAUUAUUUAAGGGUGGAUAUUACAGUAUACAAAAACAAAAGCCAUGCACGUGUAGAAUGACAUAUUUACAAGAAAUAAGAAAGCAUAACACACUCAUUAAACCAUAUUCAUUUAGCCGUAAUAAUUGAAAUUCUGUGGCAGAUAGGUUACUUUCUAUGCUACAGCUUGUUACAUGGUAAAAUGGUGUUGGGGGAAAAAAGAAAUGAAAACGUCAUUGUGAUGCUUUAUUUCACAAACCUUAAAUGCAUAGUCACAGCAGUUCAAUAUAAAACAUAGUGGAAAAAUGUAUAAAUCUCCAUCGAUACCAAUCUUCUGAAAAUAUAUGUGGUAAUACAGGGCAACCUUAAUUCUAUGUCUGCACUUAGCCAAUGUUUCCCAACUCAUAUAGUUUUUAGUGGAUGUUGUUCUUGCAUAUUGGUUGUAAUUACUCAUCACAAAAUGGGCAGUGUGAUUCUAAACCCGUUCUAAUGUGGCAGUUGAAUAAGAAGUGCCGAGACUUGGUUCACUGUGUUGGUCUGUCUUGUGUGAGAGGCAGCGAGCUUAGAAAUCUACUUGCAAUGAAGCCUGUGAGUGCAGUCUGACCUAUCAGCUUGGCUGCCCCUUCCCCAGUGCAGGGUAGCCAACCAGGCUUAGCUGUGCUAGUAUCCUUGCCUUUCCCUUAUCGCUUAUUUCUAUCUCUUUAUACCCUGUCUCUUUAUACCCUGUAAUUUAAUGCUUGCUGGCUAAGCUUUCCGAUGCAUGUGCUUUGAUUCUUGGUCCAAACUUUUCCCAUGGAAUGUUACAUGGCACAUUGUAGCUGGAAUUUUAUGCAUUUGUGAAACAGUGAGUGAAAUGCUUUAAGUUUCUCUGUGGCCUCCACUGGACUUGCAGCUGUCUUGUUAUAAUAAACUGCCUUCUGUCUCAUUCCACCAGCUGUAUAAACAGUGUUGAUUCUGGUAAAAAAAGAUCUGAUGUGCUGUCAGUAACUACGCUCAAAUGAAAUGAGGUAGUUUGAGCUGGUCACUGUUACAUGAGUUGCUUGUUGUCUCAUAGACUAUGCAAGGCAUUGUUACAACUGAAUCUGCAGUUUGUUUUUAAGUUCUGCUAAGUCAUUUGCUUUCGGGCACGAAGCAAGAGUGUUUAAUUUCUUUUUUCCCCCCCUUGGAUGAAUUACUCUGUGCAUGUUUUGUUCUCAAGAGACUGAAUAAAUGAUCUCAUUUAUAUCCUCGC